AUGACCACCAGCCCGGCUGACGGCGAUGGCCAGCUGUCGUUGUUACUGCCCUCACCAGUUCCAUCACCCGCGCCUGUAAAGGGACACUCUCUGCCGGCCUGCGAUGCAUGCCGGCUCUGCAAGCGCCGGUGCUCCCUGACUGCCGGGGCCGAGGGCCGCACCCACGCAACCGGUACCGCCCUCGCGACCACGACAACAUCGCCGCCGCCGCCGUCGUCGUUGGGCAAGUGCUUCAACUGCGAGCGAGCCGGUUCUCGCUGCACAUUCCUACUCCCGCUCCGAGCACGGGGCCCGAAGCCGGGCCGCAAGACGGUCCCCGCUCACCACCAGAUUGCCGCGUGGCAGGUCGACGCCCACGAGAGCAAGACCGACACGGCCAUCUCGACGCGAGGAUAUGCCACCGACAUCCUCUUCCCACGGGAGCUGGUGCUGCUCGUGCUGGGCGACUACGUGACCAGUAAAAGAUACGAGAACCCAGUGGAUUGCUUUGUCUUGGUGCCUAACUGUUACGAGAUAUAUCUCAGCCAAAAGUGUGAUGAGAUAGUUUUUGAUAUGGGACAGUCUGCUAACAUUCGUCGCUCGUGA